AUGGACGUUACGUUUGUUGUGGAUUACGGCUCGCACACCGUGAAACAUGCAUGUUUUUCAAAGUCCGACAAGACGCUGGGGGUUGACGUUGGAGUGAGCGAGGCGUCCAGCAUGGCGUACUUGGAGGAUGCCCUGGACGUGGUCCCCCUUGGACGACACCUUGCAGAGUUGCUUUCAGACUCCUGUCCCGCGGAGGCUGGCCUAACGCUCUCGCUGCUCACGGAUGUGUUGCUUCCGCAGUGGAAGCGAGAACUUAUUUUAAAGUGCUGCUUUGAGUACUUGGAUGCCAAGUGUGUGUUUUUAGGUUACGCUGCGGCCACGGCCCUCUUUUCUGCGGGGGAAACAACUGGGAUGAGCAUCGACGUUGGGUACCGUGGGGUGCGUUUUGUGCCUGUUGUGCACGGUAUUGUUCAAACCUCGCUCUCCGCCGCGGUACAGUCUGUAGGUGCUCGCGGCACAGACCAAGUGUUGAGUCGCCAUCUUCCAGAAGCGGAAGAGCCACUUCUUCGGGAGUUGAAGUCUUCCGCGUGCUGGGUCGGUGAGGAGUCUGUCGCGUUGCCGUCGCGUCUGACGCUUCCGGAUGGCAACAGUCUGCCGUUUCCGCUUAGUUCUGCCGUGUGCAGGGAGGCCGGGGAGGCCUUGCUGUUCCACGCACCCCAUAUUAAUGCUCCCUUUGCUCUGCACCAUGCACACCAAAAAAGUUUGAUAGAGUUCCCUUCCUUAAAUCAGUGGGUGCUUUUUGGCGGUGCCUCCGUUGUGAAGGGGGUACGAGAGGUCGUUCGUGGCUCUUUGAGUCAUGCCGUGUCGCCGUUGCACGUGACGCCGCGUCGGUUGCAGGUAAAGGUGCCCAUGCAUGCAUCGAUCUCAGGUGGUGUUAUUCUUUCGCAGUUGAGCAGCUUUAAAGGCAUGUGUGUCCACGCGGCGGAGUACGCGGAGGAGGGGCCGCACCGUUGCCUUCAUCUGAAGGCUACCGAUGGGAGGUGA